AUGACACGGCGCAGCAGCUCAGCGGCAGCCCGGCCGCCGUCGCAGGCGCCGGGUGCGUGGGAAGACGAGCCAGGGGACCCAGACGUAUACGCAGAGCCCGCACAUGCCGAGAUCGAGAGCGACGAUGACUCGGACGACGCCGUCGAAGAGGUAAGUAUGUCCACUGCGCGUGCCAAGGCUCGCGAGGAGGAUGCAGCGAGAUCAGCGCAGCGGCACGCAGAAAGAGCCGCACGGAGCGCUGCACAGAAACGCCGCGAGGCGACCAAGACCAAGCCAUCUCGGCGUGCGCGCACGCAUGUCGACCAAGACGAGCAUCUCGACCCGGCGGUCUUUGCCGAGGCUCUGGCGCAAGAUGAGAUACGAGAUGCGCCGUUGCCUGCCACCUCCUCGUCUCGCCGCCCACGCGCACCGAAAGAUCAUGUCACGCUGCGUGGCGAGCGAACGAUUGUGCGGACUUUUGACGACGAGGACGCACUGGCGGACGACUGGGAGGAUGCGCCGCUGAAGCAUUCGCCGCUGGAUCCACGCCGCUCGCUGCCUUCGGCGCGCGAGCGGGCCUACAAGAAGCAAAAGCUUGCACUACGAGCCAAAGAUGUCCGCGCCUCGACGAUCGCCAAGCCAUCGCGACCGACAACGACCCGCACACCCAGUGUCGACGAUCCAUUGGGGCUGCAGGACCCGGCCUUUCUGCCCGGCGGCGAACUGUAUCAUCUGACAGGCCGGCACAAGCGCCGUGCGCGCGGCAGACCAACGCGCGCCGACUGGACUCUGCGCGAUCGCGGCGCAGGGGGGCGAGUGGCAGUGCCUCUAUCUCGUGCAUCUAUGGGACCCGCCGCCGUAUUUGCACGUUCACGACGCGUAUAG